AUGCCUGGUGUGCUUCUCGACGAGAUGGAGCAGCCAGUGCUCCCGGAAAUCGCAAAGGAUCCCCAGUACGGAUUUGUGGUGGCACAUCAGAAUCUGGACUUGGAGAUUGACUUUUCGACUCAGAGCUUGACGGGGCGCACUGAAAUUACGAUUCUGCCGCAGACGGGAGAUUUGGAGACGAUCAGAAUCGACGCGCGGCAAUGUAUCAUCGAGCAAGGGAAGGUAUGGGUGGAGGGUGUCGAGGCGGAAUUUGAUUAUGAGGAUCCUGUGAAGAGAAUGGAUAUACCGAAGCAUGUGGAUUGGUGCGCGGAUCAGUAUGAGCUACAACGAGACAGACUGAAGCCCCUGACGAGCGACACUAGAGGGAAGGGCGCACUGGAUAUCUUAGUACCCAGCAAUAUUCGCAUUCAGGAGGUUGAUCCAUUCUCCGAAAAAGCUGCUACGCCAGUCACUCAGAAGGCUGCUAUAGGUGUCAUUCGCGCAGGUGUUGAGAAUACAAAUGUACCUUUAUCUGCGACGCCUACUUUGACUCCGAAAACAGCGGCUGAGCAAGUUGGACGUUGGCAACCCUUGAAGAUUACAAUCGAGUUCACCAUCAAGAAUUGGCGAGAUGGUUUACAUUUCAUUGGGCUGGGUGAAGGCGAUGCUCGGUAUCCAUAUGUCUACUCGAAACACUCUAUGGACUCUGGAACUGCGUCUUCCAUCUUCCCAUGUAUAGACGAUUCAGCUAUGAGAAUUACAUGGCAGAUCAAUAUCAAAACCUCCCGUACACUGGGUGACGCUUUGAGGCGAAAGGCACCAACUGCGCGUCCAAGAUCACAUGCUGGGAAGAAGGACAUUUCUCACAUCCACUCACAUUCGAAUCAAGAGGAGUAUGAGGUCCCUCUAAGUGACGACGAGAAAAUCCUGGAGAUGGUUGUCGUCUGCUCGGGCGACCAGACUAAAGAGAAUGUCGAUCCUAAUGACAGCACCAAAAAGAUCUUGACAUUUGAUAUCAGUCGACCAGUAGCCCCUCAACAUGUUGGGUUUGCCAUCGGGCCUUUCGAGUCUGUUGAUCUUGCAGAGACUCGAGAGGAGGAUGAUGCUGAGAAACUAGGACAAUCCCAAGCGCUACAGGUGACCGCUUAUUGUCUACCUGGUCGUUCGGAAGAAGUCAUGUAUACUUGCGCUCCAGUUGCACAUGCUGUCGAUGACUUUACACUUAAGUUUGGUGCUUAUCCUUUCACACAGUACUCUUUGGUGUUCGUUGAUGAUCAACUACGAGAUACGGAACAUACCUGCUCAAUGUCCCUGUGCAGCACACGGUUACUUCUAAGUGAAGAUAUCAUCGACCCUGAAAUUGAGAGCAUUCGAACAAUUAUCCAUGCCGCAGCUACUCAGUGGUUUGGCGUCGGUAUCGUUCCAAACGAGAGAUCGGAUAGAUGGAUAACCAUUGGACUUUCCCACUAUAUGGCCGGUCUUUUUAUGAAGACCCUUUGCGGCAACAAUGCCUAUGCAUUCAGACAGAAGACUCUGAUGGAUAAGCUUGUUGAGCAAGACAUUGAUCGGCCGUCUAUAUAUGCACUUGGUGAGACCCUCAGCCUAGGUGCUUUCGAGAUGGACUUUAUGAAGCUUAAGGCGCCUCUUGUUCUUUUCAUUCUUGAUAGACGGAUUCUGAAGAACUCGAGUGGUAUUUCUGGUCUUCCUAGAAUCAUCUCGAAGCUCAUUAUCUCGGGUAAUACUGGACUCCCGGAAGAGAGUGUCAUGACCACCAAAGACUUCCGUCGACUGGUGGAAAAGGUCACCAAAUACCGAGCAACUGAGUCCUUCUGGAAUCAAUGGAUUUAUGGUGCCGGAUGUCCACGACUUAAUAUCACUCAAAGAUUUAACAAGAAGAGGUUAUGUGUGGAGAUGACUAUCAAUCAGUCGCAAAGCACAUUACCUACCACUAGACCUCUCAAGAAGGAAAAUUUCCCCAGAGAGUUGAAAGAAGAACUUCAUGGAAUCUAUGCUGGAGAGAUACAACCACUCUUCACUGGACCACUUACGAUUCGAAUUCACGAGGCGGAUGGCACGCCUUACGAGCACAUCGUGGAAAUCAGAGAACAGAAUCAGAAAAUCGAGAUUCCUUAUAAUACAAAGUAUAAGCGGCUGAAGCGAAAUCGUCGCCAAAAAGAGCGUUUGAAUCCUGGAGCUAACGUGGACGGUGAGACUGGGGACACCCUUUACUACUGUCUAGGUGAUGUUCUCCAAGGAGAGCAAGAUGUGGCCGAAUGGGGUCUAAAAGACUGGGACAAGGAGACGGAAGCAAGAAUGGAUUCUGAGUCGUACGAAUGGUUAAGAAUCGACGCUGAUUUCGAAUGGAUUUGCGGGACAACCCUCAAUGUCCCGGCGUAUAUGUGGAUAUCUCAGCUCCAGCAAGAUCGAGAUGUGGUUGCUCAGCAGCAAUCGAUGCAAUUUCUAGCCCUUGCCACCCCUCACGGUUUAGUGGCUACAUUCUGUCUCAGGACACUUAUGGACACACGGUAUUAUCACGAGAUACGAACAAUGGCGGCCAACAUUCUCAAAAAGCAUGCCUGUGAAGCGGCACACUGGAGUGGGUUACGGCAUCUCACGCGAGCAUACCAGGAAUUCUUUUGUUAUGAGGGUACGAAGAUGCCUCGAUCGAAUGAUUUCUCGGAUAAGCGUAGUUACUGGGUUGAGCAAGCUAUUCCGACUGCGUUGUCUCAAUCCCGUACGAAAGCUGGAAAGUGUCCUAAGGCUGCUCGGGAGUUCAUUCUCGAUACUCUUCAGUUCAAUGACAACAGAGCCAAUCCGUUCUCAGAUAACCAUAAAGUAGCCAACCUGCUAACUGCUCUGGCGGAGUCUCUGAUGUCUUCGGAUCCUGGGACAUACAAAGAACCAGCUAAUUACACCGGUAACGGUCCUUCAGAGCCGGAAGUCGAAGAUCCUGAUGAGAUUGCUCAAUUCAGGGAUAAGGUACUUGUGGAGCUGGAUCGAUAUCGUCGUAUGGAUGAGUGGAUCAAUUCGUAUCAGAAUAUCUACACAACCACGGUCCUAGAAGCAUACCGGAAACUCAUGAAGGCCGGUGUUAUUCCGAAGGAACCUUUAGAUUUCGUGCAAUAUCUACAUGAUGGUACCUCAGAUCUUGUAAGAAUCAAGGCGUUCGAGUCGUUGAUCGACCUCGGAUACAUCACCCAUGAAGGCAUCUGUGGUCUUCUCCUGAACGUCCUAAGUACCGACAUCUCUCCAUACACGAGAAACCAACUAUUCGAGAUUUUCUGCUGUGGGCUGGCAACGGUGGCCUUCGGCGAAGCCAAGACUGAAGGACAAGACGAUAAACCUGAUGGACCUCUGCCUCUCAAGGUCAACGGUGACGCGGACCUAGAUAUCGAAAUGCCUAUCGACCACGGAGGACUCAUUGAAGAAGUUGGUGAGACGGCUGAGCGUGCCCUGAAGGCGGCUCGAACUACUUCAAUCGAAGGUGCUCUGGUGGCUCUCAAGGAAGAGCUCAAGAACAAUACGGCUCUCAAGGAGGACCUGUGGAAGGCUAUAUGCUCUCCGACUAUUGGGGUUCCCGAGCAGUGGGACUUAUUAGAUAUUUGUGGAAUCCUUUAUGAUGCUGUGGAGUCUAUGGUUGUUAAGAUCAGGAUGCCACGGUACUGGAGGGUGAAGAAUCGUGGAAAGGGUCAACUUGUCUUCAAACAUACGAAGAAAGUGCGAUGGCUUCCAAGAAAGCCACUCAUACAGCCGCCAAAGCCAACACCGCCACCUCCCCAACCACAGAGCAUCCCUGCACCCGCACAGUCAAUUCGUUUAAGUAUCUCGAAUGGUGGACUAGGCUCAAUGAAGCCACCUCUAAAGCGACCACUUGCAGUUGAAAGAACUCCAAGCUUCGAUGAGAGACCGGCCAAGAGACAGAAGAUCGUCGCUUUGAAGGUCGAUUCUCGGAAGCUGGCAGAGAUACAAAAUAAAGUCCCACGACCAGACAAGUGGCGUACUAAGUCAACACCCUCUGCGACAAGUUCGCCUUCCAUCACCCUAAAGCAUCCUCUAAAGACGACCGUACUACCAUCCACUGAAACAAAUGGAUCGACAGUCCCUCGCGUAUCCUCUUCACCCGCACCAUCUGCUUCUGGCAGCAUCAAAGUGCGAAGGCCUUUGCCAGAUGCAACCCGGAGACCACUGCCAGAAUCUACAGAGAGAAAGGCACUCCCGUCAGCAGCGUCGACCUCUCCAGCCGCAGAAAGAAAGCCACUUCCGGAUACCUCAGCUCGGAUUCCUCUUCCUGAAGUUGUCCGAAGUCCAUUGCCUGAGACCAAGGGCAAUCAUCCACCAGACUCUGCACGAAAGCCGCUCCCUGGGACUGGCCGAAAGCCACUCCCAGACAAAUCACCUUCGCAACAACCCGAAACACCCACACCACCAGUCGAGAAGAAGAGUCUGAAAAUCAUGCUCAGGAUCCCGAAAAAGAUCCCACGACCACCUACUCCCCCUCCAACUGAUACCUCAUAA